AUGACCCAAGCCCUCAAGCUGGCCACCAAAGUGCCCCAUCGCGUCCGCUGGGCUCCGGAGCUGGGCGCCUCAUCGGACUCCCGAGGCCCCGACUCAGCACCACGGAGUUUGGCGGACCUCCCAGGCCCCUCUAUGCCCAGCUUCCUGGCUGAAGUUUUCUGCAAGGGGGGGCUGUCGAGGCUGCACGAGCUGCAGGUCCAGGGCGCCGCGCGCUUCGGGUCGCUGUGGUUGGGCAGCUUCGGAACAGUGCGCACAGUGUACGUGGCCCACCCCGCGCUCGUCGAGCAGCUGCUGCGGCAGGAGGGACCUCGGCCUGAGCGCUGCAGUUUCUCGCCGUGGGCUGAGCACCGUCGCAGCCGCCAGCGGGCUUGCGGACUGCUUACCGCGGAGGGUGAAGAAUGGCAGAGGCUCCGCAGCCUCCUGGCCCCGCUCCUCCUCCGGCCUCAGGCGGCCGCUGGCUACGCCGGAACCCUGGACAGCGUGGUCCGUGAUCUUGUGCGGCGACUGAGGCGCCAGCGGGGACGUGGCACCGGGCCACCCGCCCUGGUUCGGGAUGUGGCGGGGGAGUUUUACAAGUUUGGACUAGAAAGCACAGCCGCGGUGCUGCUGGGCUCGCGCCUGGGCUGCCUGGAGGCUGAGGUGCCGCCCGACACGGAGACCUUCAUCCGCGCGGUGGGCUCCGUGUUCGUGUCCACGCUGCUGACCAUGGCGAUGCCUAAGUGGCUGCACCGCCUGGUGCCGGGACCCUGGGGCCGCCUCUGCCGGGACUGGGACCAGAUGUUUGCAUUUGCCCAGCAGCACGUGGAGCGGCGAGAGGCCGAGGUAGCCACUGGGACGCGGGGAAAGCCGGAGGACACGGCAUCCGGGGCGCAUCUCACUUACUUCCUGCUCCGGGGGAAGUUGUCUGCCCAGUCCAUCCUGGGGAAUGUGACAGAGCUGCUCCUGGCCGGUGUGGACACGGUGUCCAACACGCUCUCCUGGGCCCUGUAUGAGCUGUCCCGGCAUCCUGAAGUCCAGAUGGCACUCCACUCUGAGAUCACAGCCGCCCUGGGCCCUGGCUCCUGUGCCCACCUGUCAGCCGCCACUCUGUCCCAGCUGCCCCUGCUGAAGGCUGUGGUCAGGGAAGUGCUAAGACUGUACCCUGUGGUGCCUGGGAAUUCCCGUGUCCCAGACAGAGACAUCCGUGUGGGUGACUACAUCAUCCCCAAAAGUACGCUGGUCACUCUGUGUCACUAUGCCACUUCAAGGGACCCUGCCCAGUUCCCGGAGCCAAAUUCUUUCCGUCCAGCUCGCUGGCUGGGGGAGGGUCCAGCCCCCCACCCAUUCGCAUCUCUUCCCUUUGGCUUUGGCAAGCGCAGCUGCAUGGGAAGACGCCUAGCAGAGCUAGAGCUGCAGAUGGCUUUGGCCCAGAUCUUGACACAUUUUGAGGUGCUGCCUGAGCCAGGUGCUACACCAAUCAGACCCAUGACCCGGACCGUCCUGGUACCUGAGAGAAGCAUCAACCUACAGUUUGUGGACAGAUAGUCCUGUGGAAGGAAGCUGUGCUCAUCACCCUUGCUCUCCCCAUAGGGGUUUUCUUAGGUGCAGAGCCAAGGAAGGGCUACGUAUCUUCCCCUUGAAGUCUCCCUGGCCAGAUGGGAUGACCUCAGCAAAGUGCAUGAGGCAGCCCUGACCAAGUGCAACGUGUACUUGGCCUGCCUCAGUAGGUCUGGAGGAAAACCACGGUCCUUCCUCUCUCUGCCUGCUUGGCCUUUCUCCUGCUCGUUUAUGCAUCCUUCAAGGGCCAGCUCAGACUUUAACAAAUAACGCUGGGUGUCUUGGGGGAAGGAUUCAACCACUGCCCUUUGUGCUUCCACCAUGUUCGUGUUUGUUGCUGCUGCUGGCUAAACGUUUAUCAUGGUACGAGCUAAGUAACUGUGCAUCUGCUCUGCACCUGCUUGGUCCUCCUCCAUUGCAUGUGAGUUCUUCGAGAGGAAGGAUGAGCCCUUAUUUGACCUUUAUGGCCCCUGCCAGAGCCUAUUCCUGACUAGGUGACACCAUGCACCUUUUCAGAUGGAAGCUGGACCAUGUGGCAGAAGGACAAACAGCUUACCAGGCUCUGUCUCCCCAUUUCCUUCUUCAUUGUUGCCCCUAGGAAAGUGAA